UACAGGACGACGACGACCAUACAGGACAGCAUUAUUUUGAUUUUUGAUAUCUAUAGGCUACAUUGAUACAGAGAGUAGGGCCUACAGUUUAAUGAUGAGUUUAGAAACUAAUGAACCUGAAACUAAAAAAGUUAAAUGCAGAGAUUAUUAUCUUGAUGAUUGGAAUGAGAAAUGGGAGAAGCAUGAGAUUGGUUUCCAUGAGUCAAAAGUUCAUGAGUUACUAGUGAAAUACAGUGACAAGUUUUUUAAUGGUAGAGAUGAAAUCAAGAUAUUUGUACCAUUAUGUGGUAAAUCAGUUGAUAUGAAAUGGUUAUAUGAUAAAGGACAUACAGUAAUAGGUGUUGAAUUUGUAGAAAAAGCUAUCCGAGAAUUUUUUGAUGAACAGGGAUUAGAAUUUAUUGAAGAGAAGAAUGAAAGGGUCAAGGGUGCUGUAUUUAAGAGCAAAGAUGAGAAAAUAAGAAUCUACCAAUGUGAUAUAUUUUCCUUUAAUAAAGAAAUGGAAGAAGAUAUAGGUGCAAUUUGGGAUCGAGCAUCUUUUGUGGCUAUAAAUAGAGAAGAUCGUACAAAGUAUGUGAAAUUGAUGAAAUCUCUAAUGACAGAUGAGACAGUUUAUUUUCUAGCCACCUUGGAUUUUGAUGAAACUAUUCAUCCAGGUCCACCACAAUUUGUGUCAGAAGAAGUAAUACAAGAAUCCUAUGGUAAAGAAUAUGAAGUCAAGAGAUUAGCAUAUCGUGAUGUAUUAGAAGAUAAACACCGUGCCUGGGGAUUAUCAAGUUUUAAUGAACGUCUUGAUUGUAUAUCUAAAAAAUAAUUAUACUUUCUUCUUAAUGCC